UCCGAGUGCAAAUACCUCAGCUUCUCGUCCUCUCCGCUUGCUUUCGCUGAUGAGAUUGGAAUCUGCUGUCGUUCCUCUUUACUUGUGAAGCCUCAUUUUCGUUCUUUUCUGCCAAGAAACGUCGUUCAAUGAUUGAUGCUCCCGUUCUUCAUCGAGUUCAGAAUUGCCCAAAUGAUACCCGUUUGCACGCACAGUCUCUAAGCUCAAGCAAUUAGUCACUUCAAUUGUAUCCUCGCAAGCUUCCUACACUUCUGUCCCCAUAUCGGGAAAGAACCGCUCCAUUCACCUCCAAUCAAGUCGCUUGCCGAGGAUAAAUAAGCCAUCUCGAGCUCGUCAAAUUUCUCCCAGCUGCAACCACAAAAGAUCUGCUUCGUCACAAAACGCAAACAGAACGUUCAGUACGACAACACUUCCUUAAUUCCCACCUACUCUCACACAUCGUCACCAUGUUCCGCCGUCUCUCUUCAGGCCUCCCCAAAAAUCCGAUCUUCCCUCAUGAUCUCAAGGGCCUGGGAUACUUCGUCAACAAGAACGACGAGAUUCGAAGCAUUGAAGAUCCAAAGGCCUACUUCAAGUUCUUCAUUACCAGAAAUGAUCGCCACAACUGCGUCCAGCGCGAGGCAAUGAAUGCUAUUCGAAACCUCAUUGCUGAUCGUCUUCAAAAGCUCGGCCUCGAAAAGAUCCGACUUCCUCUUGGUGCCGAAGCCAAUGAGCCAAACCUCCCAAUCUUCAUAUCUUCCAACAUCCAAGACAAGAAGCGAGUUAUCAUCGUCUUCAAUGAGAGUUCCCAGGACCUCGGCGUCUUUGCUCAUCGUAUCAUUGGUGGCAAAGGAGGUGUUUCUGAAGGCUCGGCACUCAAUCUUGUCAAGUACAUCCAGUCCCAAGCUACCUCGCCAGACAACAAUGACCCUCCGGGAAUCAUCCUUGCGAAUAUGGGUCAAUUGAGAUGGUGGCGUCGUGGAAAGAAGGCUGUCACCCUGACUUCCUGGAAUGCGUUACCUCAGGACAGUGCAGUUGAGCAGGCUUUCCGCUUCGAUGAGGUCAAGAACACUAUUCCCUUUAACCGAACAACCUACGAGCAUGUUGAAUAUGUGUUCAACGAGGUUGUCGAGAAGCUUGUUGCUGCCGAUGCUCAACUGAAUGUCAUUGGAGUGUCCGAAGGAGCCGUCCAGGUUGAGACUUUCUUGGAAAAGCCAAAAAACUUCAACAAGUGGGGAAAGAGAGUUUCUGCACUCGCUGUCAUCGCUACCUACUUCCUCGGCCAUGAGAUCCAAAACCAAGAAUUUGCGAAGUGGUUUAUCAACCAUGGACGUGGCUACCUUGUCUCCAACGAACCAGGUGGUGUCUUCCUUGCAGACUACAAUGGUCGAAAGCGUAUUCCAGCUUACGGAUGUCCGGUCUUCAGUCUCGGUGAGCCUUACUAUGCAGAGACUCUGCUUCCCAAAGGCUACAAGACCGUCGUAGAUUGGUUCCAAGAAGUGGCUUCUGAUCGUGACUACGCCAAUCCCAAGUUCGACCGUUACGAUUUUGGUGGAAGUGACAAUGAAGAGGAAGCUGGGGAGGACGAUGCUGCAUGGAAUACGCAGGAAAAGCUCGGUACUAUCAAGGAUGAAGAGAGGAUCGUUGAGGUCGAGUAGGGUGGUAGCAAGGAGACUGCGAAGUAGAUCUGAGCACAUGAUGCGAAAGACUUAAGUUGCUACCGAGACCGACACAGGAUUAGAAGAUGAUAACAGCAAUGGUAUCAUAAGCUUAUGGCUCCAUGCACGUCCUCUCGUUUUCUCUCCAGCAUAGUCCCCAGUCUGUUUACAAGUACAUUGCGCUAUUUCACUACUACCAAUGUCCUUAGUGAAUGAAUAUGUUUUUAAUUGAGACGAACAU